UUCACACACUUGGCAACCACAUAACGGCUUAAAGUUUAGCUGAUCUUGAUACCAAGGUGGAAUGGUUUUAAAGUUAUAGUGAACUGCAAGUGUACUCUUUUCACAAGAACGCGCUGCAUGCUGGGAGUUGUUAAGUUAAACGAGGGCACAUUCGUCAUUCUCUGUGGUUUGGUUGUGACCACAGUUCUGAUUAUCAUGUCACUGACCCGUAUUGAAAGGGCACAGGCAUGGAUUCUGCGUGCGUGCAUGGGGGUGCUCUUUGCGCUUUUUCAGCUACUCUCUCCUCGGCGGUCCACUGGAUCUACCAAACUUCCACCGGUCUCCAACCCUCUGUUGCUGAUGUCCGCGAUGCAGCUCUCGCAAAAGAUUCGUCGAAGAGAGGUGUCUAGUGUGGAGGUGGUGGAAGCCUACAUUGACAGGAUUCAGGAGGUUAACCCACUUCUCAAUGCUAUGGUACAGCACAGGUUUGAAGCAGCGUUGCUAGAGGCAGCCCAGGUGGACAAGCUUAUUCAGGAGGAGUCAGGUGGAGAGCAUGUUCUGGAGGAUCGACUGCCCCUGUUGGGUGUCCCCAUCACAAUCAAAGAGUCCUUGGCUUUACAGGGCAUGCCUCACACCACAGGUGUCGUUUCCAGGCGCGGGGUGCUCUCUGCGGGAGAUGCUCCUCCCGUGGCCCUGCUGAAGAGGGCCGGGGCUAUCCCCCUUGGGGUCACCAACACCAGCGAGCUCUGCAUGUGGUACGAGUCGCACAACCACCUGUAUGGCAUCUGCAACAACCCCUAUGACCUGGAGAGGACACCCGGAGGCAGCUCAGGUGGAGAGGGCAGUGUUCUGGGUAGUGGAGCAUCUGUGAUAGGGAUUGGUUCUGAUAUUGGUGGAAGUAUCCGUAUACCGUGCUUCUUCUGUGGAGUUUUUGGACAUAAAACCACUCCAGGUGUGGUAUCUAACGACUGUCAGUACCCUCCUAUGUCUGGGUGUUAUCAUGACUACCUCAGUACUGGGCCCAUGUGUCGUUAUGCUGAGGAUCUUAUGCCCAUGCUCAGGAUCAUGGCUGGGCCCAACGCGGAAAAACUGUCCUUGUCUGUGGAUGUGGAUCUGAGGAAGCUGCGUUUCUUUUCUAUCCCUCAUGAUGGUGGCUCCCCUCUUGUGAAUGCUGUGGACAGACAGCUCCUUCAGGCCCAGAGGAGGGUGGUAGAUAGGCUGGAAGCUGACCUAGGGGUCAAAGUUCAGGAGGUGUUUCUCCCUGGGCUCAAAUAUGGAUUCCAGAUCUGGAAUAAGUACAUGGGUCUCCCCGACAAGGAGGGCAAGCCCCCCACACCCUUCUCAGUGCUGUUUGGGGAACCAGGGAGGCCAGUGUGGCCAUUGUGGGAGUUGGUCAAGUGGAUGAUUGGAAGGUCCCCUCACACCAUGGCUGCUAUCGGCGUGACCCUGGCAGAGAUGACCAGCUCAUCCAAGCCCUCUCCCUUCAUCCUAAAGCAGAAAGAAAAGCUCCAAAAGGAGUUUGAGGAGCUGCUGGGAACCGAUGGUGUCCUGUUCUACCCUUCCCACCCACACCUAACCCCCAAACACCACCACACGCUGUUCAGCCCCUUCAACUUCGCCUACACCGCGAUCAUCAACAUCCUGGGCCUGCCUGUGACCCAAUGCCCUCUGGGGCUGAGCGAAGAGGGUCUACCCCUGGGGGUGCAGGUGGUGACUGGGAAGUACCAGGAUCGCCAAUCCCUGGCUGUGGCUCUCUACUUGGAGAAGACUUUCGGAGGCUGGAGAGACCCUGGAGCUGCAUGACCGGGGCCUGGAUCCAUAAAGCAUCUGAGAGUAGCAGUGUAAACCUGGGAACAGAUCCUACCGGUCUAUAUAAUCUUAAAGACAAUAAAAGAGUAAAAGAAGUAUUUUUUUUUCGACAACCAGUCAGAUGAACUCAUGGAUAACAUUUUCAUGGGUCUGCAUGCAGUUUGUCAUUGCUUACCACAUUGGUUGUCCAAUAUAAAAUAUGCAUUUUAGAUUGCCCUUUCUUAUACACCCAAAAUAACUUCUGGGGGAAAACAUCACAAAACACUUUUAUUCCACUAUUGAUAUUAUGACAUUUUGGUGUUACAUUGUAAGAAAUUUUAUUAUUUCCUUUAAUUGCCAAAUUCUCACACUAUACCUUUAAUGAUUAUGAUAUUAUAGGAAAAAUGUGUAGGUGCUGCAACUGUAAGAUGCUUUAUGAAAAUGGGCCCUAAGAAUUGCCUUUUCAGUAGUCCGAUUGUCAAUCAUUGCUGAUAGAAAUGUAAUGAAUAGAAUAAAUAUGAUUACUCGU